AUGGAAACGUCGUUAGAGAAAGAACCCAUCACGGCGCCCCUCGGAAGCAACGGCUCACUGCCUGAGAAACACGAAGAGACACUUAGAAGAGUUGAGAGCAUCCAAGAUGGCGCUCAAGAGCCCAAAAGAAACGAAGAAACCCAUCGUGGUUUCAAGCCUCGCCACUCGCAAAUGAUCGCUAUCGGUGGCGCUAUCGGCACCUCCCUUUUCCUAGGCACAGGUCAGGUCUUACGUGCUGGCGGUCCAGGAUUUCUCUUGGUCUCAUACGGCAUUCUCUCCAUCUUGGUUUAUGGUAUUGUGACCGGAAUCGCAGAGGUCGCAACCUACCUGCCUGUGCCUGGAGGAACCAUGAGCUACUAUGGGAACAAGUAUGUCUCCCGUAGCCUGGGCUUUGCGAUGGGUUAUCUCUACUGGUACUCGCUCGGAAUCUUGGUGCCCUACGAGCUUGUUGCCUCGACGCUCUUGAUCGACUUCUGGAAUUCUCCCGUCAACCCAGCUGUCUGGAUUACAGUCAUUCUUAUUAUCAUUAUCACCCUCAACUUUCUUCCGGUGCGCUUCUUCGGAGAAGCUGAGUUUUGGAGUGCUGGGAUGAAGAUCCUUCUAAUCCUUGGUCUUAUCUUCCUAUCGAUCGUCCUAUUUUUCGGUGGAGGCCCAAAUCAUGACAGACUAGGGUUCAGGUAUUGGAAAGAUCCUGGUCCAGUGAACACCUACCUGGAGGAAGGCGAUAUCGGUCGUUUCGUUGCCCUACUCCAGUCCUUCGUUCUGGCUUCGUUCGCCUUCGUCCUAGCCCCGGAGCAGCUCAUCGUCACAGCCGACAGAACUUGCCUCGAGCUGCAAAACGUUAUUUCUGGCGGCUGA